UGCAAACGCCGCAAUCCGGGUCAGGCUGUCCAGGCGGGCCGCGCCUAUAUAUACAUUGGCUCCAGCGGCGGCGCUCACAGUGUGCAGACAGCUACCAUGGCCGCCCUCGCGCUCCCUGUGAUCCUAGUGUGCUUGUCGCGCACGGCGCUGGCCGGCGUGUUCGGUCUGCCCCCCUUCGCGUACGUGGCGCCGCCGCUGCCCUACUACCAGCACUACUCCGCUCAACCGGCAGUGGCGACUCACUACUCGGCCCAGCCCGCAGUCGCCACUCACUACUCCGCGCAGCCCGCCAUCUCGCAGACGCACUACUCCUACUCGCCUCCGCCGGAGAACCGCUUCCAGGGCUUCUACUACCGCACCGCUUUCCUCGACGGCUCCGCUGACAGCCAGGUGCUGUUCGUGACCGGGCCGGAGGUGCGUCAGCUGCUGAGCGAGGCGUCGCAGUUUACGCGGCUGCUGGCGUCUGGCGGGGCGGAGAACGCGACAGAUGGGGGCCCCGCCUUCAGGUCGCUGGCAGAGCGAGCCAAGGCCGCCGCGGAGAGCUCCGUGGUGUUCCCGGCGGCCACUGCGCCGCUGCUGGGCGGCUCCAUCCCACUGGACGCUUUCCUGCCGCCGUGGGCGCGCGGCCUACCCGACGCAGCCGCAGCCGCCGGUGCCGACGCAGCCGCUGGCGGCGAAGCUGACAAUUCCACGAGUUCCAGCAGCUCGGACAGCACACAGGACAGCGCCGCACCUGCCGAAGCGGGUCCAAACUCCGAAGCGAGUAGCCGCUCCGAAGUGAUCGUGCCGGCGGUAGAGACCAACAGCAUCGCCGAUACACCCCAGCCGGUCCCCGACGUGGCCGUCUCCUCCACUUCGGCUCCAGCUGUGGAACCGGCAGCCAGCCCAUCCGCACCCGCCGCCUCCGAAGUAGCCUCUGCGGCACCGAGUACCGAACAGGCAUCGCCUUCACCCACUACAGAAGUGGCACCCGCUUCCAGCAGUACAGAAGUGGCACCCGCUUCCAGCAGUACAGAAGUGGCACCCGCUUCCAGCAGUACCGAAAUGGCACCUGCUUCCAGCAGUGAAGCCCCAGUAUCCAGCACUGAAGCGGCACCCUCCGAAUCUGGCGGAGAAACCACUUCGCCUGCUGCUGUAGACAGCGGUGCGAGUCCAGUCGCCACAGAACCCAGUCCCAUUGCUUCUGUCGAUACUGCUUCCUCUACAAGUGCUCCUGCUGCCGCGGAAGAAGCUUCGACCUCCACUGGAUCAUCGGAAGUCACUCCAUCUGUUGUCGUUAUCACAGAGGCUUCUUCUGGUGACUCGACUGAAAAUGGUGGAUCCUCACCCGCCUCUACCGAACGUGCUCCGUCCGAAUCUUCUGAAACUACUAGCCCAGACAGCGCUUCCAGCACCACUGCCCCUCAAGGAUCAGCUGAAACGAGUACACUCUCAGAGGCAGCUAGUGACAGCUCCGAAUCUACCACUAACUCUAGCAGUGGCACGGAGCAAUUAGCUACGAGUUAGGUCUAAUACCUAUGUGUAACGGUUUGUGAUCAAAGUGACAAGGCGAGACGAGAUGCAAAGCCCACUCUAUCUGUCGCUAACACAGCUUUCAGUUGAAAUUUAAAUUGCCUUUCGAUUGUCUUGUCAAAGCGUCGGUCUCAUACACUGAGGUCCAAGGGAUCACGGGAAAGGUUUGGGCAGUGUGCCCUUUCGGCUCUGAAUCAAUCUAACAUCAAAUAAAAUUUGAUAUAUUAAAAUGCAUAUGUAUCCUAUGGUUCUCGUGAUACAGACCGUCAAAUAUAUAUUUAUUUGUGUCAUCCAAAA